AUGGUUGAGCCAAGAGUGACUGUGUGUAAAGAUUUGAAAGAAAUUCCUCGUGAAAAGGCUAAGAUAAUUGCAAUCAAAAAUAUACUUGUUAUGAAAAUGGGGAAUUUGCUUAAAAUCCUAUGCAGUCAAACUGAAAGCAAGAUCGACACAUCUGAUGAUGAUAGCAGACUGAUAUUUUCUGUAGUUGUGGCUUCUCUUGUGCUUUCAUUCAAAAAUGGCUAUAAUACCAAGGAAAGUGUCUCUUUAGUAGAGCAUGUUAUUUCAAUAAACUGGUUUCCAGCCAAGAGGCUAAAGUGCCUUUGUGUUUCUCUUCACAAUGUAGCUGUGAUUUUGAACAGAAAUAAGCGGCCGAAAGAGGCUGUAAAAACUUUAAAGUUGUGUUGCAAAGCUUCAUGGAAAUGCACAGUAAAUCUCUGUAAAACACUCAUGGACAAAUCAAAUAAGUUUCAUGAUGAUGUGGCAGAAGAUACUAUUGCAGAUUUUGUCAAAGAGGCUUCAGCAGAAACUGCCUUUUUGUUAGAUUUACUUAAUCAGGGAAGUAAUUGCAAGAUGAAUAAAAUCAUUAGGGAAUGCCUUGAAAGCUGGUCCGUUGCUGAAAAUUUGGUAGAAACACUGCCAGCUCCGGUAUCUGUUGUGAAAUGUUGGAUAAAGAGAGAAUGUAAAUUGUCGAAGGAUGUUGAGGUAGAGAAUGUUGCAAUGCUGUACUCUUUAGCUUCAUCUUCUAUGGAAAUGUCAAAAAGAACACUUGAAAAACUAUUGGAACAGGAGCUUCUCAUGUACAAAGAAAUGAGGUCUCUGAAUCCAAGAUUAUGUCACAAAAUGCGAUUGAAAAUUAUGGAUGCUCUUCUGGAAGAGGUUUACGUCACAAAAGAUAAGUGUUUAGAGAAAUCCAGAAUUCUGAUUGAAAAGGGAAGGGAGCUAAGAGCUGAUGGAAUAGCACAACUACAUGAGUCCGUGCAGUGUCUGUCUGGUGCAAUUUCCACAUUGAAGGCUAUCUAUGAAAAAAAUAAAAGCUGCAGUUCUCAAGUUCACUAUCUCCUGGCCUGCGCCUACAUUAUACGUGCACUAUGUACCCAAGAGGCAGAACCUAACUUAGAGGCCUUUUUGCAUAAAAGUAACUUUCUUCAAGAUAUCCAGGCUGUAGUUGAACUCUGCUCAAAUCGAAAUCAUGGCCAUGCAUAUGAACAGUGCAGUAUGAUGUGCGAAGAUGUGCAAAAUUUGUUCUAUAUAACCAUCGAUUUGCUAUCAAUAAAGGGAUACUUGGAAAUUCACCCCUGCAUGUAUGACGUGGUUAUCCAAUUGUUUAACCUGAAAAACACUACCCUGGAGAAGAUGUUGGCUGAACUCUGGAAAAACAGAAGGCUCAGUCAUGCCCUCUGUGCUUCACCCAUAAAUGAUGUUUUCAUAAGAACUUUUUUUAAGCAUUGUGGUCAAUUUUACAACUCUGGUGAUUUCUGGAGAACUUGUGCUGUGGAAUUGAAGCCACUACUAGCUGGGUUUGAUCACACGGACGAUGAUAUUAAGAAAGCUGCUUCUGAUUUAAUUUCCAAUGUUCCUCAAUGCAGUGGCUCAACAUUUCUUUCUUCGCAUCUCUACUAUGACUUGUCUGAAAGACUGAUUCUAAAAGGAAAACUGAUUGAGGCUCUUUCAUAUGCAAAAGAAGCCCAUAGAUUACGUAGUAAACUUCUGCACGAAAAGUUUAAAUACUCAGCAGAGAAUCAGACUGAAAUCUUUGAUGAAAAUGGGGAGAUCGUGGAAAAGAGUUACUAUUGCAUUCAGACAUUUCAAAUUCGUUAUUUAGUGACGAACAAUGGGUGGUUGGGCGAUGGCAUUUCUUGUGACUAUGAAGGCUGCAUUCUUACUCCUUGGAAUGUACUUAGCUGUUACCUUGAAAGUGUUUUACAGGUUGGAAUUGUUCAAGAGAUUCUAGGAGAUGGGUCUGAAGCUGAAAUGCUUUUUGGGUGGGGGAAGAGCAUCUCACAGUUUCAGGGCUUGCCACUUUUUGAAAUUUCUUUUUCUUCCAUGUUAGGAAAACUAUACCGGAAACAACAAUUUUGGGCCCUGGCAGAAAAGGAGUUACUCAGUGCUAAGAAAAUCUUGGAUGAUAACCGCUCAGUCAUUUCUUGCAUGAAAUGUGUGUAUGCACUUGAAGUUACCAUUAAUCUGCAACUUGGAGAUUUAUUCUUACGCAGAUCUUGUAGUAAUGGAGAAGAACCUUUUACAAAGGAUUUUCAUGCCAAAGGCUUGUACAGAUUGGCAUUAGAAAAGCUAAAUCUAUCUGAGUGGAGGAAUUCUGUCUUUGAUCCUGAAAAUGCUAGGGAUGAGCAGGUCACUUGCAGAGAGAGUUCAUUUUCUGAUUGUGCAUCCGAUCUUGUAGUGGCAAAAGAUUCAUCUUCCAGGAAUGAUGAACCAAAAAUUAAAUUUGAAUCUAAACGAUCUAGAAAAACUAAGAACUUGAAGCGUGAUACACAGACACAAGGCAACAUUGUUGGUCAAAAUCGUAGAAUGACUCGUUCCACAUAUCGCUCUUUAGGUAAAAGUUGUGAGAUCACACCAGGUGACAUAAAAAUUGGUGCUGCUACUUACUUAAACAGCGAGCAUUUGUCUAUUAGCACUGUCGCUUGUCAUCAAGAUGCGCCUGAUUUAGAAACUGAAUGUUAUGCUACUGAUUUUGAAUGUGAUAUCAACUGCCUUUGCAACAAGAUGAGAUGUUGGCACUGUCUUCACCUUGAAGCUAUUAACUCUGGUUCUUUGAACAGCUAUGUAUCCAUGAGGUGGGAGCUUGUCCACAGAAAGCUUUCUUUAAGGCUACUCAUUAGGCAUUGUGGAGAUCUUUAUUUAAUUUAUUGGCCAGUACCAUUCCACCGUUAUAUGAAAGACCUCUACAGAGGAUCGUUUCUUUUUCAGGAUUCUUCGCUUCCAAAACUGCCCACUGUCGCUGAUAUACUGAACUCACUCAGGCUCGUACCAGAAUCACAUGAAAAUCUUGAAGAAUUUGUUGCAAGAUUUUUUCAGGACCUGCCUUGUGCUCCAGUUAUUUGCAUUAGCUUGAUUUCAGGUGCUGAUGCUCGUCUGUUGAGAGAACUGUCGUGUUGUCCUUCGGCGGUUGAAGUAUGGAUUCUAUUAUCCCAUUUGAAUUCAGAAAAUCAGCAUGUAAUACUUCUGCCAGUGAAUUCUAUAUUGGAAGGAGUUUCAGACGAUGACGUGGACUCCAGCUCAUGUGCCUCAUUCAAAGGCAAAGAUUUUGUAAAGAGUUGGAAGUGUCCUUGGGUUACCACUGUGGUAGAUUACAUAGCCCCAAGAUUCAGACAGAUAUUGGAGGGGAACUACUACUCAUCCUCUGGACAUUUCCAAGAGGAUACAAAAGAGAGUAGAUUAUUGUGGUGGAAGAAAAGGAACAGACUCGAUAAAUGCCUCUGUAAAUUUGUACAAGAUGUGGAAGAUCAUUGGUUGGGUGUUUGGAAAUAUGUGCUAUCGGGAGAAUGGCCAAACCUCAAACAUCUGGAUUCCAUAGAAGAGGGCCUCUGCGAAGAAGAGAAACGUGUUCUACGAAUUAUCUCGAGUAAAAAUUGCUAUCUUGAUAUCAGAUCAGAGGCGUCUAAAGUGUCUGUUGAUAUUGAUAGCCUCAUGCAGUUAGUUUUCGAAAAAAUACAUGCAACACCAGACGAUGUUGAUAAGGUUGAAUGCGUGAAAAGAAGUCCAGUUAUUUUGGUUUUGGAUUUCGAGGUUCAGAUGCUGCCAUGGGAGAAUCUGCCAAUAUUGAGAAACCAAGAGGUUUAUCGCAUGCCCUCUGUUGGAAGCAUUGUUGCAACACUUAACAGAUAUUGCCAAGACCAGGCUAUAGCCUUUCCAUUGAUAGAUCCUGUAGACUUAUAUUAUUUAUUGAAUCCGGAUGGUGAUCUUAACCAUACACAGGUUGAAUUUGAAAACUGGUUUCAAGAUCAGAAUUUCGAGGUAAUCCUAAUUUUGAUUUCUUAUGAACUUAAUUAAAAAGGACUUGCCAAU